AUGGACCAACUCAAACUCAAAGUGCACAACUCCCUCAAGCCGGGGGCGCCCGUCCCCUUCGUCCCCAAGGAAGAGGGCAAGGUCUCUUGGUAUGUCUGCGGACCGACGGUCUACGAUCACUCGCAUUUGGGGCACGCGAGGAACUAUGUAUCGACCGAUAUUAUACGGAGGAUAAUGCGCGACUACUUUGGCUACGAACUCAAGUUUGUGAUGAACAUCACGGAUGUGGAUGACAAAAUCAUCCUCAAGGCGCGGAGAGAGAGACUGCUGGCCUUAGAGAAAGAGAAGACCUAUUCCGAGGCCGACCUCUCACAACUGGCUGCGACGGCCUUCCAAUCCUACGCGCAAGGAAACCUGCCCGAAUUGCCGAAGGAGGGCUUGAGUCCAAGUAACUAUGCACAAAGGAGAGAUGCGGCGUAUGGGAAGGUUUUGGCUGGAGGAACAUUGACGGGCGAGGGCAAAGCAGGAGAUGCGGAGGCCAAGAUGAAGAUGCAUCUCGCGAACCUGACCACGGCUGCCCAGGGGAUACAGGAGAACAGGAUAUUUGGAGGCGCAGACGAGAUUCUUCUGCCGUACUUAGAUUCGUUGUACAAGGAGUCUAUUGAUGGAAGCGACCACUCGAUAUUCACGAAGGUCACAAAGCAUUGGGAGGAUGAUUUCAUGGAGGAUAUGCAGUCGCUCAAUGUCUUGAAACCCGAUAUCAUUACGCGAGUGACGGCCUAUUGCGAGCACAUUGUUCGUUACGUGGAUAAGAUUGUGCAGAAGGGCUUUGCCUACGAGACGGAAGGAUCCGUCUACUUCGAUAUCGCGGCAUUUGAAAAAGCCGGAAACCCAUAUGCUCGUCUGCGACCGGAUAGCAAAAACGACACGGCUCUCCAAGAGGAGGGAGAGGGCUCGUUGUCCAAGAGCGUGGGGGGUAAGCGAGGUGCUGGGGAUUUUGCCUUGUGGAAAAAGUCGAAGCCUGGAGAGCCAUUCUGGGACAGUCCCUGGGGGAAGGGCAGGCCAGGAUGGCAUAUUGAGUGCUCGGUUAUGGCUUCUGAUGUUCUCGGAUCAGAGAUGGAUAUCCACUCUGGUGGUAUUGAUCUUGCCUUCCCCCAUCACGACAAUGAGCUUGCUCAGAGCGAGGCUUACUACUGCGAGCAUGGGCAUGAACACAAUUGGGUCAGAUAUUUCAUGCACAUGGGACAUCUCUCGAUUGCAGGUUCGAAGAUGUCGAAGUCCUUAAAGAAUUUCCAGACUAUCAAAGAUGCGCUCAAGACGGAUUACACCCCGAGAGGGAUGAGGGUGGUCUUUCUGAUGGGCAGAUGGAACGACGGGGUUGAGAUUUCUCCAGAUAUGAGGACAAUGGCCCAGAACUUCUUCAUUACCGUAAAAGCACUCAUGUUGGAAGCCGGUUCAACUGAACCCCUCGCCACGUUAUCCCUGGAUACCGGCGCCGAACUGUCCGCCAUCCUCGAAAAGGCUCAAUCAGAAAUGAAGGCUGCCCUCUCAGACUCCUUUGAUACCCCUCGGGCGAUGCGCAUCAUAGCCGAAGUCAUCAAAGAGGGAAGCAUCCACAUCAACACCAAAAAGGCAGAUGCGGACAUCAAGGGACUCGAGAACAUCGCUCGCUGGAUUACCAAGAUGGUCAGGAUCUUCGGUCUCGAUGCCCGCGCUACCCAACUCGACGGUCUCGGCUGGGCUCAGGGUGACUCCAAUGACAGCCUGAGCGCCAAAGCAGUCGCUCAAAUAUACCAAGCAAUCAAGACAGAAGUCGAACGUCUCUCACUCCAUUCCUCGCUCCUCGAUCAACUCCUAGCAGCCGACGUCGACGCUGAAAUCGCUACCCGCGACGCCUCUGGCAGCAAAGACCCCGAGUUCCUCGUCUACCCCUACAUUAGAGCCAUCUCCAAGAUCCGCGAUGAACUCCGGAAACUCGCGCCUACCUCCCCGUCCAAGAAAGAAAUCCUGAGCUUCUCGGACCAAAUCCGCGAUGACGAUCUGACAAGCAUCGGUGUCUACUUGGACGAUCGCGGAGAAGGCCAAUCCGCCCUCCCAAAAUUCAUCCCUGCCGCCGAACUCCUAGCCCAGAAGGAAGAGAAAGCAGCUAAGGAACGCGAGAAGGCUGCUCAGAAGGAGAAAGCUAGACUGGACCGUGAGAAAGCCGAGCAGGAAAAAGCCGAAAAGGCAAAGCUGAGCCCGAAUGAUAUGUUCCGAGAUGAGCGAUUCAGCGCGUGGGAUGCAGAUGGGAUGCCCUCCAAAACGAAGGAAGGGGAGGAUGUCCCUAAGAGUGCGCUGAAGAAGAUGAAGAAGGAUUGGGAGAGACAAAAGAAAAUCCAUGAGGAGUGGAAGGCGAAGAACGCGUGA